AUGGCGCCGACGCAAAAACAGAAGUCUGGGUCUACAAACACCAACGGUCGCACAGCACCUGGCAAGAGCGACGAGGCCAGCAGAGUCCCAUCUUCACCCUCCCCCAAAGCUGCUGCUGCGGGAGUAACGGAGCGGACUCCUUCCUCCUCCACGAAGCCAGACAAGGCUGCGUUCGAGGCCGAAAAAGCCAGAAUUCAGUCAGAGAUCGAUGUAAUACAGGCUAAAGUUAAUGCUGUUCGCGCCAAAUUGUCAAAUGUACAUAAACCGGACGGUCCCAGUGAUAGGGUUACUACCCUUCGCGCAGAGCUGGAAACCAUACGAGGACAACAGUCUGGCAAUAAGAUGAGCCGAGGUAAGAUCAUGGAGCGGAUCAAGGCCUUGCAGGACAACAUACAAAAUCAGAACAAGGAAUUGCAGGCUGCCAGGGCAAAGGCGUCCUUCCGAACGGUCGCCGACGUCGACGCUCAAAUCCAGAACCUGAGAAAUCAAGUCGACUCAGGAAAGAUGAAACUCGCGGAUGAAAAGCGCGCCCUUCAAGAAAUAUCACAACUUUCACGGUCACGCAAGACUGUAGAGAGCUUCCAAAGCAAGCAGGAUGCCAUCGAAGCAGACCGUCAUGCCGUGGACGAACUGCGCAACCAACUGGACGACCCCGAGGCAAUGGCUCUGUCUAACCGUUACGAAACCAUCAAAGCGGAACUGGACGGGCUCAAGAAGGAGUCUGACGACAUCUAUGUUGGUCGCUCCAAGCUCAUCAAGGAGCGCGACGAACUUCAAGCCCAACUGAACGACCUGUACAACAAGAAGCGAGAGAUCUCACAAGAGUUCCGUGAUGCUUCGGAUCGCUUUUGGACCAAGAUACAGGAAGACCGCGCUCGUAGGCUUGAGAGAACUCGCGCCCAAAAGGCCGAAGAGGAAGCUAGACAGAAACUCGAGGUAGUAGAACGCUUGCGCGAGGAGGCAGCCUUGCCAGCUUAUCAAACGCAAAUAGAAGAUUGUCAGAUUCUCAUCGACGCCUUAUCGGGGAAGACCACCUCUACCGCAGCACUUUCUUCUGCGUCGUCAUCCGUAAAGGCUGAUCUGGCCGGAGUACCAAAACUCGAACCAAGAAAAGUCGAAGAUGUCGACCAGGGCCUGGUAGUGCGGAAGAAGAAGGGUGAGGAAGAGGCAUACUUUGUGGGGAAGCAGAAGAAAGGAAAGAAAGACAAACCGACCAAGUCUGGCAACCUCAACCUUUCAUUACCCAUGCUGAAAGCUCUACUCUCUCUCUCGAUACCUGCUCCGACUGGUCCAGACGAUGUCCCGCGUGUCAUUGAAGACAUCAAAACCAAGCAAGCGUGGUUUGUGGCCAAUCAAAAACGUGGCACAGCGGAGAACAUGGCGAAAGCAGAGAUGGAGAUACAGCGUCUCACCAGCGGGAUCAAGCUAGACACGACGCCAUCUCGUAUAGAGUCGCCACCAGAGGACCCUAAUGGAGAAGUAGAGUCGGGAACGCUAGAUAACAGCCCAGUGCUCGAAUCUACGGUGUCCACCGACGACGCAGUCUUGGAGGUUGGGGCAGAACAGUAA